ACUUUCAGCACUUUAAAAACAUAAAAACACCCAUAAAUCCAACCUGUGGAAUGUGAAUAAGUCAAAUUAAAUACAUAAAACAUUUACAGACUAAUAUAAAUUAAUAAACUUCCUACAUUUAUAGAAUAUAUAGGAAAUUUUGUGGUGUGAACAUUGCAUUUGGGUUCAAAUCCUAAUUGCAAUUUAGAUUUCCCUAGUCUUUGUUAUAUAGUGAGUAUUCACAGGUUUUUGUCCUACAAUCUCAAAUGCAUUUGGAAUUGUGGUUAAAAAAAAUGAAUGAAAUUUGGAAACUGACAAAAACCAUAAAUAUAGUUUGGUGUUCCUUUGAGUAAAAACUGAAACAGUAACAAGUCACAAUUUUUUUUUGCAAGAAAAUCAGCAUCUUUCGCUUCAUAAUAUAAGGAAACAAAAAAUUCUGGGUUGUCCUCUGUGAAAUAUAAAGCUCAAUAAUUGCCUUAAAAAGAUGAUUAAGUUACUUAUUGUGCUUGGAGAAACUACAUUUAUUGUGAUGAAUAGAGUAAAAUGGAUGUAUUCACUUUAUUCCCCUCUAAAAUGUGGUAAAAUCAUCUUGUCCAAUGUCAAAGUUUUAAAGAAUCGAGAAGAAUAAAAAAACUUAGUAGGAUUUACUGUUAAUUUUUAAGGAUACCCUCUCAGAGUGGUAACUAAAAUUUUACUAUAAUAUAGAUGUGAACAAUUUAUGUGCUUAUAAAAUUAGUUUUACAAAUGAAUAGUAAAUGAUCCUAAUAUAAUGACUUAAAUAUAUGGUUUUAAAAUUCAUAUUAGAACUCGAGAUAGGUAUAUUGUGAAAUUCUUUUCUGAUUUGAGAAAGUGGUCUUGAGGUCUUUUAAGAUACAUUAGAUCAUUCCUAAGUUCCCAUAAUUCUCUGAUAGAUCAGAUAGUUUACCCCUGAAAACAAAACAUUCAAUAUACAGACAUUCCUGUUAAAUUACUCUGACAAAAUGUUCAAAGUUCCAAGCAUUUUACUUGGGAUGCAUUAAUAAUGUUUUUUGUAGAUUUAUUUUCUUGAUUAUUUUUCUUUGGCUAAUAAAAUCUUACUGAUGGUAGAAGGUGGUGGCUGAGAAGUACUCUGGGUAGCAGGAGGAAGCCAGCUUCAAUUAAAAUAUUGCUGAGAAUAAUCUAAAAAGGUCCCAACUUAUCCGGAAGAAGCCCAGCACUUGACUUCUAAGAAGUUCCAAGAUUCUGUAGUGCAGACUCCAACUGCCUUCUUAUGCCUAGACUUUGAGUUGUUUUCUGGAUACCUGCAUAAGCAAGCCCUUGUCACUGCUUCGGAUUUCUACCUACGUCCUGCUUUGUCCUUCUCGCCACAGUUCUAUUCCUUCUCUUCCCUCACUACCUUGGGCACAAUGCAUAAAGGAUGGAAAAAGUACUCCGGUCAGAAGUCUUUAAGUGAGGCAUCAAUGGAUGAAUAUUUAGGCAGCUUAGGACUGUUUCGAAAGCUGACUGCCAAGGAUGCCUCUUGCCUCUUUCGGGCUAUUUCGGAACAGUUGUUUUGUAGCCAGGUCCAUCAUUUGCAAGUGAGGAGGGCUUGUGUUUCAUAUAUGAAGGAAAAUCAACAAAAUUUUGAGUCUUAUGUGGAGGGAUCUUUUGAGAAAUACCUGGAACGGUUGGGAGAUCCCAAGGAAAGUGCUGGCCAGCUGGAAAUAAGAGCUCUUUCUCUAAUUUAUAAUCGGGAUUUCAUUCUUUAUCGCCAUCCUGGAAAGCCACCCACUUGUAUCACGGAUAAUGGUUAUGAAGAAAAGAUUCUUCUUUGCUAUUCAAGUAAUGGUCAUUAUGAUUCUGUGUACUCAAAACAAUUCCAAUCAAGUGCAGCUAUUUGUCAGGCUGUAUUGUAUGAAAUUCUCUAUAAAGAUGUAUUUGUUGUGGAUGAAGAAGCAUUGAAAGCUGCAGUUGAGUUAUUUCGAAGUGGUUCCAAAAAGAACAGAAACAAUGCUGUGACUGGAAGUGAGGAUACCCAUAUUGAUUAUAAGAGUUCAACUCAGGAUAGGACUGAGGAGUGGGGUGCCUGCUGCAGGGCUGAAAAUAUACCAGAGGGCUAUAAUCAAGGAACAGAAGAAUCAAAGUCUCCAGAAAAUCCAUCAAAGAUGCUCUUCCCCUAUAAAGUGCUCAAAGCCUUGGAUCCAGAAAUCUAUCGUAAUGUAGAAUUUGAUGUUUGGUUGGACAGCAGAAAAGAACUUCAAAAAUCUGAGUACAUGGAGUAUGCAGGAAGACAGUAUUAUCUGGGAGACAAGUGUCAGGUUCGCUUGGAAUCGGGUGGAAAAUAUUUUAAUGCUCAUAUUCAAGAAGUUGGAAAUGAGAACAACUCAGUAACAGUAUUUAUUGAAGAAUUGGCAGAAAAGCAUGUUGUUCCACUGGCUAACUUAAAACCAGUUACUCAAGUGACACCUGUUCCUGCCUGGAAUGCCAUACCAAUUCGGAAGGGAAGAGGUUACCAGAAAAUACCUGGAGGCUAUGUCCCAGAAAUGGCCAUGUCAGAGAUGGACAUGAAGCAGCGAAAGAAGAUGUUCAAGAAAAUUCGAGGGAAAGAGGUUUAUAUGACUAUGGCUUACAGCAAGGGAGACCCCCUCAUUCCACCCAGGCUUCAGCAUAAUGUGCAUUGUGGGCAUGAACCUCCACUACACUACUCACAAACAGGAGGCAAUGGUUUAUCCAGUGAACAUUUUCAUCCUCAGAAUUCCUCUCAGAGACAAGGUCGGGGAUAUGGGAUGCCCAGGGAUUCAUCUCGCUUUAUAAACAGGCACAACAUAGCGGGCCCUAAAGUUGGUUUUUACCCUGGCCAAGGUAAAAGGUGCUGCCAGAGCUAUGAUAACUUCUCAUAUAGAUCUCGUUCCUUUAGACGCAGUCAUCGCCAAAUGCGUUGUAUGAAUAAGGAGUGCCAGUAUGCCUUUGCCCCAGAGAAUGGGCAGAUACCCAGUGGCUUGGAAGAAACUAUUACCUUUUAUGAAGUUGAAGAAGGAGACGAGACUGCUUAUCCAACUUUACCUAACCAUGGAGGUCCCUCUACAAUGGUACCUGCUGCUUCAGGAUACUGUGUUGCAAGGCGGGGACAAAGCUCAGGCAAACAGACUUCAAAUUCAGAGGAGGGCAACGGUCAGAGUGACAGUGGGGAAUAUCAUGAAGAGUAUCUUUAUCCUUCAGAGCCAGACUAUGAAACUUCAGGUGUAUAUAGCACAACUGCAUCUACAACAAACUUGUUUCCUCAGGACAGAAGACCAUAUUCUUUGUCUCCUCAGGAUACAGUUACCUCAUACAACUACCCCCAGAAGAUGAUGGGAAAUUCUGCAGCAGUUGCAGCUUCCUGUGCCAAUAAUGUUCCAGCUGCAGUCUUAUCUAACUGUACAGCAGCUAAUCAAGCUAGUAGUACCUCGUCAGUUUCCUCACAGAAUGUUAUACAGCCUCUAUUUGUAUCUCCACCUACAGGAGGUAGGCCAGUGAUUGCCUCACCAUCCUAUCCAUACCACUCUGCUCCUAUUCCUGCUGCUGCAGCCUCUAUCCCACCACCACCACUACCACCUCCACCACCACCACCUCCUCCUCCUCUUGAAGUGGGAGAGGCUUCAAACUUACCACCUCCACCUCCACCUUAUUCCUGUGAUCCAAGUGGCAGUGAUCUGCCUCAAGAUACAAAAGUUUUGCAGUACUAUUUCAAUCUGGGAUUGCAGUGUUAUCACCACAACUACUGGCACUCCAUGGUCUAUAUGCCACAGAUGCAGCAGCAGCAACUUCAUGUAGAGAAUUAUCCAUUGUAUUGUGAACCACCUCCUCUGGUAGACCAAACUGUUCCUCACUUUUACAGUGAGGUAGGGAGAGCAGAUGGUACACAGGUAGAAGCAUCAACAAAUGGUACUUUUCUGAAUGCCGACCCUGGAUCUAUCCCUCAUGGAGCAGUCUAUUAUCCAGUAAUGUCAGAUCCCUAUGGGCAGUCACCUUUGCCAGGUUUUGAUUCCUGCCUUCCUGUUGUGCCAGAUCAUCCCUAUGUUGCCUCCUGGCAUCCUGUUGGUCCAGCAUAUGGUGGUGGUUCUCAAAUUCAUGGUGCUAUACAUCCUGGGCCAGUUGGCUAUAUUGCUUCACCUUCAGCUUCUCAUUAUGUACCUCAGAAUAUGUAAGAUUCAGCAAUAUGAAGAAUUCUUGCACUGCCGUUUUCUUGGCAUUUUGGUUUUUAAAAGGUGUUUUAUGUUAGUGUUUAAGUGAUUUAGAUGGUAAGAAUCAUUAUUCUUCUAUCUGUCUUUAAGAUUAUUUUACCUUUUGAUUUAAAAUAUUCCUCUAAAGGAAUACUACUUUGGGCUGUGAAUAAGGAAAUCCAGAUGGAUGUACAACUAGCCCCAUAUUGAGCAUAGUUCAUUGUAUUCAGCUGUUUUCCUGUCCGCCAGCUUGUCAACUUUGUAUUAGCUGAUGGUGCCAAUUGAUAAAAAGAAUAACCAUACAAACUAUUUCCUUGUUUCAGGUAUCAUACGUCAUAUUAAACUGUUCAAAAUUGGAAUAAUUUUCACUUUUCUAGAAAGUAAAACAGCAAACCCAAGAGCUUUUGUUUGAGAAUCUCAAUAUUAAAUGAGAGAGCUCUUCAGGUUUCUUAAUCUGACCUGAGUUGUGUUCUGUGAUAUUAAUCAGUUUUGAAGGCACAUGGUGCUCUGCUUUAGAUUUCUCUCAUAUGCUGUUGUUUAAUACCAGAUUUAUGUAACUGUUUUACUGCACAGUAUUGAAUUGGUGUCCUUUGCACAGUUAGCAGUAAAUAAAAACUA